AUGGCUGCGGCCUUCCCACACUAUCUUUGCAUCGUUAUUUUUGGCGCUGAAGUCACCCCCAGCCGUGACCGCAAACGACUUGAUUCCGUCGCAUUAACCAAUCCUAAUCCCUACACGGCGGCGGAUGUGUUCGAUCUUGCGCGCGAGUUAAAUCGGCCAGACUACUGGAGGGUAUACCCCUGGGACCUACGGACAGUGCCUAGCCAGCGGACUGUCGAUGGGGCCAGUUUUUAUAGCGAUCCAGAGGUGUACUUUGUCAUCACAAGACACACUGCGCAGCUCUAG